UGUUUUCGUAAUAACAAAUCACAGUCCCACUUAAAAAAACACUACAGACACCCACUUUCAGCAUUACUACACAUAGUGUAAACAGUGAUAAGAUAAUAAGCUUUAAUAUACUCUGUAAUCAAUAAGGGAUUCCGAAAGGGAUUUUACGAAUAAUUUAAUAAACAAUAAUUAUUAUAUCAGGCUUAGUACUGAAAAUCUGAAAUGUAAAAUAGUAAUACAACACUAAUACUAUAUUAGGUGUGGUGCCAGGAGACAGACACACGUAGCUUUGUCCUUGAAUGUUUUUCAGUGGGGGUGGCACUGUGGCUGGGGGUUUGAAUACCCUUUUGUAUUUGUAUGGGGUUUACAUGUCCUGCCUGUGUCACACAAAUUUACCUUGGGGUACACUGGCUGUUUCCUACAGCACUAUGACAAAGUUAGGUUAGCUAGGCUAAGUUGGCUAAUGUGUGAGCAUGUUCCCUCCUCCCUAGUCAUGUGCCAUCUGGUAUAGACCCCAGAUCUCCCCGUGACCCUGACCAAGAUACGUGGCAGAAAAAGGUGGAUGGAUGUCCUUGAAAGAAUAACAUUCAGAGCGAGUCCUCUUUCCACUAAGCACGUGACAAACUGCGAAUCAACAUAACAAACUUUAUUCGGGAAUGGAUGCUCAGGACUGGCACUGAUGACCCAGCCGCUCUCAUCUGACCCGUACAGAAAGGCAUGGCGAGUGAAGCAGGCAGAUUGACACAAACAUGCUUCUGCCGAUCGAUGCUUUCCAGGGAGCAAAAUGUCAACAUGUUUGUCCUGGUUGGCCUCCAGCAGGUCAGAAGGGAGGCGACAGAGCAGAGGCGCAGAUGCUGGCUUCUCACGGCACAGCCCAUAGCGAGCGUUAGCGAGGGCUUCCACGGGCGCUGCGGUCGCGUGCUCCUCUGAAGAAUGGACCCGCAGCCUCUGCUUCUGGUUCUGCUGUGUGUGAGUUUGGCCCAGCGCACGCGAGAAGCAGUGGAGGAGCCCGGGGUCAGGAGGAGGCUUAUAUCGGGAAAUGGCCCCCUGGACCUCGGACAGAGUUGGGGACUGAAGACGCCCUUAAUGCACAUGAAAGCCAAUCUGACAGAGGUGACAAGCAUUAGGUCGACAUUCGAGUUCCGGACCCUGGACCCCGAGGGCCUGGUUCUGUACGGGGAUACACAUGCCGGUGCUGAGUGGUUCGUGCUGGGUCUCCGCGGUGGCGUUCCCGAGAUGCAGAUCAGGAAAAGUGGAACGAUAGCCGCCGUGACAGGGGGGCCCAGGCUCAAUAACGGCCACUGGCACCAGGUGCAACUGCGCAGCGAAGGUCAUUCCGUGGUCCUGGAGGUGAACGGCACUAAGGCACUAGUGGUGGGGCUGCAUUCCCAGCAUGCCCAGCAGGACACCACGGGACUCAUUCGCCUGUCCCUAGGGGGCAUCUUGGUCAAAGACCUGGAGCUUUUCAACUCGCUGCGGCUGGAGAUGGACGGCUGCGUGAGAACGGGAAACUGGCUGAACCUGAGCCAGCCCUGGGACACGGACCUGGUGGGGGAGCCCCGGGCCUGUUACGCCCAUAUCCGGAGGGGCAGCUUCUUCCCUGGGACAGGCCUGGCUGUUUUCAACACUUCUGGCUACCCCACACACAUGGGAACUGGCAGAAGCAUCACCAUAGGAAUAGAAGGGCACAUAGGCGACUGGACUGGUACGCUUCUGGCCAUACUGAACUCCCAGCACAAAGCCAUACUUACCAUUGCCGCCCAGAACCAAACACAGAAGCUGGAAGUGACAUUUGGUGAACGGACAGAUAGUCUGUCAUUGGCUCACAAUGAGCUCUUGCUAAACCUAUCAGAGAAUGCGAUGCAAAUUGCACUGGGUGACAAAGUCGUCACAGAGCUCAGAGAUGACACACGCGAUUGGCUGAACAUCUGGGAUGAUGGCAUGCUGUUGGCCUUUGGGGGAGUACCAAACUACAGAGCAAACACUAGUGACUCACAGUAUCUGCACGGCUGCAUAUGGGGGAUCAGAAUUCAGGAUCGGGAAUUAGAUCUGGACCAUGCCCUCUACAAACACAGCUCUAUCUCAUCACACAGCUGCCCUGCCUCGCCUGACCUGCUUGAAUCUUCACCCUUGCUUACUGCUGCUCAUUGACCUCAAGUGACCUUUCAUGGUUCAUCUGACCCCUCAGUGACCUCAGACUUGACUUCCAGGCCAUUGUCCUUGUUUCACUCCCAGUUACUCUUUCCAUGUUUCCUAGUGUUCCACUUCUGACCCCAUGACCUUCACCACGUCAUGCUAAGGAAGACAUUCUGCAUCUGGUCUUCCACAUCUUCUGUACAGACCUCCCAACAUUAUCCUCCACUUCCUAUAAAGUGGUAUUAUGCAGCAUUUGAGAUCUACAUGACCUGUUCUUUAAAAUAUGGACAAUUAACUAAGACAGAGAUUGAAUGAAAUUGAACCAAAGGCCCUUUAGAGAUAACUUCAAUAAAAACUGUACAGAUGA